AUGGCAUCGGUUGCAUCCAAAGUUUUUGCCAUCACCGGUGGCGCAUCUGGUAUGGGCGCCGCCACUGCGAGGCUCCUGGCGCAUCGCGGUGCCGGCGCUGUUUGCAUUGGGGACCUCUCCACUCAUCGAUUUAACGAUUUAAAAGACACUAUCAAGAAGAUCAAUCCAUCAACUGAAGUACACUGUACUUCACUGGAUGUUACGUCCCACUCCGCUGUUGAUAAAUGGAUUCAAGGUGUGGUUUCCACAUUCGGAGACCUUCAUGGCGCUGCCAAUAUUGCGGGGAUUCCGCAGGCUUCGGGUGUGAGAGAAGCGCCAAAUAUCUUGGGAGAGGCAGAAGAAGCUUGGAGUCAAAUCAUGCGCGUGAACCUUGAUGGUGUAUUCUACUCCACGAAGUCAGAAGUGCGCGCAAUGCAAAACCUCACGCCGAGGCAGGAUCGAAGCAUUGUCAAUGUGGCGAGUGUAGCAAGCAUGAGCCAUACUCCAGAUGUAUUUGCCUAUGGCACAUCCAAGGGAGCCUGCGCUUUCUUUACAACAAGUGUUGCUAAGGAUACGUUCCCGAUGGGAAUUAGAAUCAACACGGUUUCUCCAGGAGCAACAAUGACUCCUAUGUUGGCGAAGUUUGUGCCCAAUGCAAGAACCGAUGAAGAAUUCCAACAGGCUUGGAAAAAUCACGGAUUACAGGUGAUUGAAGCCGAGGAUGUUGCACGUACAAUUGUGUGGUUACUGAGUGAAGAUUCGCGGCCAGUGUAUGGUGCAAAUAUUAACGUUGGAGCGGGAAUCCCUUAA